GCGGAGGGUGCGCGUAACCAGGGACACGCACACACAGCGCGGCCCCGCGCCCAUCGCUUUGCGGCCGAGCCCCGGUAACAAAGACCCGACCCGCACCCCCCUGCAUCCCGCUCCAUCCCUAGCCCCAGCCCCGGCCCCGCCGCGGGAUGUAGCCGGGCCGGGUGCUGGCAGCGAGGCUCCGCGGCGCCCCCGAUGCCCCCGCAGUGAGGCCGGGCGCGGUGCUGCCGGCCACCAUGGGGAAAUCCAACAGCAAGUUAAAGCCUGAAGUUGUGGAGGAGCUGACCAGGAAAACGUACUUUACGGAGAAGGAGGUGCAGCAGUGGUACAAGGGCUUCAUCAAGGACUGCCCCAGCGGGCAGCUGGAUGCCGCGGGCUUCCAGAAGAUCUAUAAGCAGUUCUUCCCCUUCGGCGACCCAACCAAAUUCGCCACCUUCGUUUUCAAUGUCUUUGAUGAGAACAAAGAUGGGAGGAUCGAGUUUUCCGAGUUCAUCCAGGCGCUGUCGGUCACCUCCCGGGGGACGCUGGACGAGAAGCUGAGGUGGGCGUUUAAGCUGUACGACUUGGACAACGACGGGUACAUCACGAGGAACGAGAUGCUGGACAUUGUGGAUGCCAUUUAUCAGAUGGUGGGAAACACAGUGGAGCUUCCUGAGGAGGAGAACACACCGGAGAAGAGGGUGGAUCGGAUUUUUGCCAUGAUGGACAAGAACGCGGACGGGAAGCUGACCCUGCAGGAGUUUCAGGAGGGCUCCAAGGCUGACCCCUCCAUCGUGCAGGCGCUUUCCCUCUACGAUGGGCUCGUAUAGUCCCGGGGCCAAGCGGCGAUGCCUGGGGGAAGAUGCUCUCCGUGCCAUCCGACCACCGCCGCGCCAAGCUUGCCUGCCCCUCUCGGCCUUCCUCUCUGUUCCGCGAGCAGAGGAUGCCCUCGAAGCGCGAGCUCUCUCCCUUCUCCGCACUCCGAACCAGCCGCUGCCAUUCGCCAACUUCUGCUUUUCCCAGUGCAAAACCCACCUCGGAGCCCGGGCUGAGCGGCAGCGAGCACCCGAGACUGCAGCGCAGGGGGGCAGCGGGUCGAGCAUCGCUGCAGGCAGAGCAACCCCCCCUUACCCCGGCCUCCUCGCCCCCUUUGCUCCCCUUUUCCUAUGUUUUCGGAUGGGACUGUGGAUGCGCCGGUGUUGUCCUCUCCCGGGAAUCAGCUGGCUGGAGACGGAGCCCAAAGGUACCGGGGGACCCGCACCCCGGGGUGCUGCCUGCGCAGGGCAGGGGAGCCGAGGCACUGACGGCCAUUGGGAACACGCAGCGCUGGUGUCGCCAGCCCGGCCCGGCUCUCUAGGGAUAUAUAUUAUUAUAUUAAUUUUUUUUUGUGAGACAGUAUUGUGCUUUUUUCUCUUCUUUUUUUUUUUUUUCUUUUUUCUCUUUCCUUUGGUGGAAAAAAAAAGUGAGGUUUGGUUGUUUUUUUUUUUACAUGCCUAUCUCCGCAAUGGAUAUCCUUAUUUAUUUGUUGUAAAUGUUGCUGCCGUGUUUAGUCUCUCGCGUGUGUGUCCGACCACCCAGGUGAUGAUGAUACAGGUUUACAUGCUCGUACACUAUUGCGGGGCACCGGGAGCCUGCAAUAACAAUGAAGCCAAAAAAAUCUGCCUUCCCCCUUUCUCUUCCCACCCCCUGUAUCCCGAGCUCCGUGGGCUGGCUGCUGUUUUAAGGGGGUGCUGUAGCUUCGUUUCCUCUUCCUGUUCCCCCCUUUCCCUGUGUUUUUCUGUUCACCCUUCCCUUGGCAAUCUCAGCCCAGGCUCUGAGCAGACAGAGCCAGCUCCAUCCCUCAGCUGGGCAGGGUGAGGGAACUGCCGGGCACCAGAACUUCCUCAUUUCCUUUCCUUUUCCCCAUUUUCUCUCUGCAUGAUGAAGUAUUAAUGGAACCGAGAGCUGGGUUUUGCUUUCAGGGGGAUUCCUUUCCUCUUUUCUGUUGUGCUGAUGGUGGGAAGGUCUGUUGGCACCCCAAGGGGGUGCCUGUGAAUUGUCCCAUAUGUGACAGGGCUGAGGGGAUGCCCAUGGGAAUGGCUUGCUCCAUCUUCCCCAUCCCAGCCGGGGUGAUGCAGUAACUCCUGCCCUAUGGCUGCCAGGCCAAGAGAUGCUUGAGGUGUCUCCUUAUCCCCUUGCUCCCUGUUUAGGACAUGGGAAGUUUUGCUGUAAUCCAAGGGCACAGCUCCAAAGCAGAGCCGUUUGCAUCCAUGGUGGGAAAAAGCUAGGGAAAAGUGACUGGAGACACCCAAGUGUGGGGCUUGGAAAUGGUCCCCUAUUCACAAGGGAUAAUGUGUGGCUUCUCCAUCACCUGCCAGCACUCUGGAUGUGCUCCAGCAGGGCUCAGCUCCAGGACACAGUUGGCAUCUCCACUGGAGGACAAGAUGCUGCCGCAGCUCUGUUUCCAUCUGCCUUGGUCCCUGCAAUGGGGAAGGAGAGAUUUGCAUCUCAUCAGGAGCAAAGUGCAAGAUGCCUGUUGGACCCCUAAAGCCACCUGCGAUGGCUCUGGUGUGGUUUGUUCCUGGCCCUGUGAUCCCAAUGCCAUGCUCCUACCACCCUAGGGGCUCACCCCUCUGUCCCUGCUCUGGUUGAUGCUGGCAGUAUCUUUCCACCCGCUGUCUGCUGGGAUGUCUGCAGCCCCCAUGGCUGGGAUUUGUCCCCGUAGUGGUGGGAAGUGACAUCUGGAUGUGGAGGAUGUUCUCCGAUGAUGUAGGGGAUAAGGAAAUACUCCAGCCAAGUGAUGCUGGUCCUUUGCCAUGCAGCCCUAAUCCCCAGUUUCGGGGCCCAUGUGCUGGUGGCGUUUUCUGAUGCCCAUAAAAAACACCCUUCCCCAUUCCCCAAGGAGAGAGACCUCACGUCCAUGUGCAAUAUUUCUGCCUCUUCUGCAGCUCCUGCCCCUGAGGGUGCCCAUGUUUCCCUCCUGGAGGGUGUCACCUCGCUCCCUCCCAUGGAAACCCCUUAUCCUUGAUGCUUUGUGGCCAAAACGCAACUCUCUUGGGUAGAUCUUUGCAGUGCCUCCAACUUCUCUAACGCUUGUCUGCCAGACCGGUCCCUUUCUGGUGCCAAUCAAUGUUCCCAUUGAACGUGACACUGCUGCAAUCUCCUCUGCUGAUAAAUGAUGGACCCUGUGGUGUUUGACACAAUUCCCAGGCAAAGGCAAACCUCAUUUGCUCUGAUGCUUUGCUCUGAAAGGCUUUUAAUUUUCAGAGGACCUGCUGUGCUUUGAGCUCCAUCAGUGCUCGACAACGUCUGACCAGGAAGCAGCCCCAUCACAGGGGGGAUGAAGGACCAACAUCAGCCUGGGAGAGCUUCAGACCCCCGAAAUACUGACAUUCAGUGCCCAUCAGGAUGGUGCUGACAUUCCUACCAGCAACCUCCUGCUGCUGCUGCUGCUGCUGGGCUCAGGGAUGGAGCCCAAGGCCUCGGCCUCCCCUGCCCCUAGUUAAAUAUUUGCACAUUAUCCAAGAAAAAAGAGCAAAAAGGGAAGAAGUUUUUGGCUGUAUUCAAAGCUCUGUGCUGGCUGUGAGGACCCUGUUGGGUUGGUGGCAAUGAUGAGUGUUGCUGGGCAGGAUUGGGGCUGGCUCUUGUCCUGGGUCUUGGCUCUGGCCCUGCAAUGGGUCUGUCCUGCCCUGCUCUUGGCAUGCUCGGUGUCCCCAUUCACAUCACUUUGCCCUCAGUAUUCCCCCCUGGCUGUGGAUCUGGGGCUCUGGUUGGAUGCUUCUGGCCUCCCUUUGGGGAGCAUUGGUGGCCCUGACUCCUGAACAUCACCAGGACCUGCAGCUUCUCUGUACCACCGUCAAGGCUGGAAGCAUCUCUCGCUUGGCAAUGUUGGCCUUAACCUUCUCGUGCCUCAGUUUCCCCAUCGGUGAACUGGCCUGAGGGGUGAGCCAUCCCCUCUGCAAAGCGAUUCAAUGCCUGUGCCCAGGGAGGCACCAGCACUGGAUAUGGCUCAUGAGCUCACGAGGGUUUGGCAGGAGCCACCAAACAUCAGGCACACCGGGAGCAGUGCACGAACCACUGCAUCGGAGCUCCCGUCAGUGAAUAGUUACGUUUGCUCUUCUUCCACCCGCUCAUGGUUAAAGCCAACAGCCAGAAAGACCUGGGUCGGUUCUGUUCAUAGCCAGCUUCCUGAUCCCUGGAUGAAAGCAGCUGCACCCUGGUGAUGGGCAGGGGACAGCGCAGGGUCCAGCCCCGGCAGCUGCAGUGUCCCCCCCACCUCUCAUUUGUCCCGUCGGUGUUGCCCCAUUAAACUGCAGUGUCUGCACUUCCCUUUCUUUUCA